AUGUUCCGUUUCUCAGUCUUCUACAUGGCGCUGUGCCUAGGAGCGUCCGCGUACGCUGCUAGAAUCGUCUCGCGGAGCGGUCCCAGCGCGGGUGAGAAGUUCGGACUUUAUGCGUAUGGGGAGUCAGUUGGUGGUCUCUCUUUGUUCUAUGGAGAUGUUGAACGUGCAUCUGAGUCCUCGGAUAGCACUUGGAUCGCCAACCCGAAUGGAACCUCAAAUGCGAACACCAGCUGGUCGGAUGAGAUGCUUUACAUCCCCAGUUCGUCAUCUUCGGACCAUGGAAUGGGCUUUACAUCUAUGAAUAUGUCGAAACGGACGACUACAGGUUUUAUCUUCUAUGGAAAUUGGAUGAUGGUAGAAUCGGAUUCUGGCGACAUCUCUUCCAGCUUCUACGUUCAAGAGAACUCGCAGGGCGAAGGGGUUUACUCAUUGCUAUGGAAUGUGUCUGAUGAGACAACUGCUAUUCCAGUAUCUUUGCGUUCCGUGAAACCUUCUAGUGCUUGA